AUGAAGAUGGGUGAGCUUGGAUUUCUUGGCUCAACCAUCAAUGACUAUGGAUGUCCAGGUGUUUCCAGCAUUGCAUAUGGACUUAUUGCCAGGGAAGUGGAAAGAAUUGAUUCUGGAUAUCGUUCAGCGAUGAGUGUCCAAUCGUCCCUAGUCAUGUUUCCGAUUUGGAAGUUUGGCAGCGAUCUACAAAAAGAAAAGUAUUUGAGAAAAUUGGCUACCGGCGAACUUAUUGGCUGCUUUGGAUUAACUGAGCCAAAUCACGGAAGCGAUCCGUCAAGCAUGGAGUGCACGGCAACCUUCAAAGAAGACCACUAUGUUCUACAGGGGUCUAAACAAUGGUACCAAUUCAAUGUUUACUUGAGGAUCACAAAUUCGCCAAUUGCUGAUUUGGCAGUUGUAUGGGCAAAGGUUCCUCAGGAAAAGAAUGCCGUUAGAGGAUUCAUUUUAGAAAAGGGACUUUCAUUUCCCAAGAUAGAGGGGAAAUUUUCGCUUCGUGCCUCGAUCACCGGAUCGAUUUUAAUGGACGAAGUUUGUGUUCCCAUGGAAAAUAUCCUUCCAAAAGCAAAAGGAUUGCAGGUAGAGAGACGGCGGAUUUUGAUUCUAGGGCCCUUUUCAAUGUUUGAAUAA